UUUCUCUCUCUCAUUUUUGCAGUGCCUCAGUCCUCACUCUGAAAUUCUUCUUUCUCGAUCAGCCAUGGCGUCGCAGCAGCGGAGAAUAAACCCUAGCUUUCUCUCUCUAUGCCUUGCUCUCGGCCUCCUCUUCGCCUGCGCCUCCGCUAAGGUCUUCUUCGAAGAGCGUUUCGAUGAUGGAUGGGAGAAACGGUGGGUAAAGUCUGAUUGGAAAAAGGAAGAUAAUACUGCUGGAGAGUGGAAUUAUACUGCUGGUAAAUGGCAUGGAGACCCCAAUGAUAAAGGUAUUCAGACCAGUGAAGACUACAGGUUCUAUGCCAUUUCAGCUGAGUUCCCUGAGUUCAGCAACAAGGAUAAAACCUUAGUGUUCCAAUUCUCCGUGAAGCAUGAACAGAAGCUUGACUGUGGUGGUGGCUACAUGAAACUACUCAGUGGUGAUGUUGAUCAAAAGAAAUUUGGUGGUGACAGCCCAUACAGUAUCAUGUUUGGACCAGAUAUCUGUGGGUACACAACCAAAAAAGUUCAUGCCAUUCUCAACUACAACGAAACAAACCACUUAAUCAAGAAGGACGUCCCAUGUGAAACUGACCAACUCACUCAUGUCUAUACCUUCAUCCUACGCCCAGAUGCCACUUACAGCAUCCUAAUUGACAAUGUUGAGAAGCAGACUGGUAGCUUGUAUUCUGACUGGGACCUUCUUCCACUGAAGAAAAUUAAGGAUCCAGAGGCCAAGAAACCUGAAGAUUGGGAUGACAAGGAAUACAUUCCUGAUCCUGAAGAUAAGAAACCAGAGGGUUAUGAUGACAUCCCUAAGGAGAUUCCCGAUCCUGAUGCCAAGAAGCCUGAGGACUGGGAUGAUGAAGAAGAUGGUGAGUGGACGGCCCCAACCAUUCCCAAUCCAGAAUACAAGGGUCCGUGGAAGGCCAAGAAAAUCAAGAAUCCUAACUAUAAGGGAAAAUGGAAGGCACCUUUGAUUGAUAACCCAGAAUUUAAGGAUGAUGCAGAUCUAUAUGUUUACCCGAACUUGAAGUAUGUAGGCAUUGAACUGUGGCAGGUGAAAUCUGGAACUCUAUUUGACAAUGUAUUGGUAUCUGAUGAUCCUGAAUAUGCUAAGAAGUUGGCUGAAGAGACAUGGGGCAAGCAUAAGGAUGCUGAAAAAGCUGCUUUUGAUGAGGCAGAAAAGAAGAGAGAGGAGGAGGAAGCAAAGGAUGACCCAGUCGAUUCUGAUGCUGAGGAAGGCGAUGAUGAUGAUGCUGCUGAUGAAGCAGAUAGUGAUGAUGCAGACACCAAAUCAGAAACAAAGGAAGAUGUUACUGCCGCAGCUGAGGAAAAUGUUAAAGACGAGCUGUAGGAAAGUACGUGCGAGUGCUGUGGUUGGCCCAACAUGCUGCUGCGAAGAAGAGCUUUGUUGGCAAUUGAGCUCUCGACAUUUUUCCUUUUUUUUUUUUGGCUUUUAGCUCUAGAAUUGCUGUUUAGGGAAAAAAGAUAUUGGAGGCUCUGCAUGAACUUGGUGUUGCGAUACUUCUUUAUUCUCAUCUGGCUCAGCCAUUAGAACCAAAAGAGAAACAUGCCUGUUUUAGUUUUAGAUUUAUGAACAGCCUGGACUUGGAACAUUAGCGGUGUUGAGAUUGAUUUAUUUCGAAGAUUUCAGCAUUAGUCUGACAUGGAUGAUC